UGCACGAGGCCCGGAGAAAUGCGCUCUAUUACGAUACUGACUGGAAGCACGAUGGGCACGAGGCAAACACGAUUUCAUCCAUCGAUACAUCGAUACCCAACUCAACUCUUACCCACAACCCCCACUCUCACACAACCCAAGCUCUCAUCUCGUCUAAUACCAUUCGAAAUAAUCAAGAAAAAACAUGCCCCUCACUCAGAGUGGAGCUAAUCCAGAGGCCAAUAUCCGUACUUACAACGAUGUCACUGGCAAUCAAGUCAAUACCACUACAAACAUCACAAACGUCCACACUGGUUCUGGAGACGACGCUAUCCUAGCGAUGUUGAAACCAGUCGAUCACAACCGCAACUACGUCCAACCGUGCAUGGAUGGCACCCGAGAGGACAUCUUCACGGAAAUUCAACACUGGCUCGACCAACCGGCGGACGCACAGGAAGGAAAGAAUAUCCUUUGGAUCACAGGAAGCCCAGGAGCUGGGAAAUCAGCCAUCGCAUCUAGCUUGAUCUCGAAGCUUAGAGCCGAUCGUCGUCUCGGUGGAUCGUUCACUUUUCGUAGAGGCGAUACGGUAUUGAGUGACCCUGCGGCGCUUUGGCGAACUGUCGCUUUCGAUCUUGCUCGUUUCAACACGGAUAUCGCAUCCGCCGUCAUCACCGCUCUCAAGGAGGGAAGCGUGGAUCCUCAAAGACCCGAUAUCGCAGCUCAUUUCGACAUCCUUAUCAAGGAGUCAUUGGAGCAGAUGAACGAAAAAUUGGUAGCCCAAAAAAAUCCGAGGUAUCCUGUAGUGGUCGUAGAUGCUUUGGACGAGUGUGGCGAUUCGUCUCAAAACCCACAACGUAAAACUCUUCUCGAUACCCUUACGCGAUGGUCUAAGCUCCCGAAGACAAUUAAGUUGAUAAUCACAGGCAGAGACGACCGUUUACCCGAGCCCUUUCGUCAAGCCUGCCAAAAAAUUGUCCUCCCAACAGGAGAUAAGGUGACGCCUGCAGCAUCAGACGACAUUCAGACGUUCUUUGAAAGCCGUUUCAAGGAACUGACGACCGACAUUCCAUCGUUGGCCCAAGCCGGUUGGCCAGCACCAUAUGACAUUCAACGACUCAAAGCUCGUGCUGCAGGCCUUUUCAUAUGGGCCAAAACCGCGAUGAGUUUCAUCGAAGAAGGAGAACCUGAGGAACUACUGACGUUCAUACUUUCCGGUGGCUCUGUCACAGGACAGGGAGAUGUUUACCACUUGUAUAGUCAAGUUGCCACACACGCCCUCAGCAACAUUCAGAAGCACCAGGCUAUCGAAGUGGCGUUGCAACCUUUGUUGCAAACUAUCGUUUUUGCCAAGGUCCCGCUGUCGCGCGAACACCUGAAAUACUUCUUGGUCGUCCCUGUCAAGGAAACGACCAUCGACAUCGUUUUUCGUGAAUUUAAGUCUGUCAUAUCAAUUGGUGAAGAUGGACUCGUUCGCAUAGGUCAUUUAUCAUUUGUAGAGUUUCUUCUUGACUCUGAUCUAUGUCCUGAGCCCCUCCGUACUCCUCGUGCCGCAGCGAGCACCUGCAAUCUCCAUUUCUUACGUUCAUGCUUACAAAUUAUGGAUGAUUCCACUUACGGUCUCAGAUUCAAUAUCUGCAAGUUGGAGUCUUCGUACCUUCUUAACGAAGACGUCGAGGAUCUUCAUGAACGUAUGAAGAAGUACAUUAGCGGCCAUCUUCACUACGCAUGUCGAUACUGGGGCCCUCACCUCGUAGAUGCUUCGGGAUGCCUGUCUAGUUGCCACUGGCUCUCAAGUAUGCUUUGGUUAUUGUUCAAAAAGAAUCUACUGCAUUGGUUGGAAGUGAUGAGUCUGUAUCGCGACACCAAUGCUGCAUCGGCCAUGGUUCUUACCAUCCUUUCCCUAUUGCGCAGCAUUGAAACUAAAUUAGGAGAGUUCGCCGACGACGCGCACAAAUUUAUCGCUCAUUUUGAUGUUCCCAUUUCAAAUAGCGUGCCUCAUAUUUACAUCUCUGCUCUGCCACUGGCGCCAGAGAGCUCGCUUGUGUCAAAGACAUAUAUGCCACAUUUCAAGCGUACGUUGAAAUUUAUGGGUAGGGACACAAAUUGGAGCCCCCUUCUGUAUACGCUUAGGGGACACUCCCAUGUUGUCAGUUGUGUUGCGUUCUCGCCAGAUGGAACAAAGCUUGCUUCGGGUUCUCAGGAUUGUACAGUGAGGAUUUGGGACGCUGCCACCGGUCAACUAAAAGCUGGCCCAUUUGAAGGUCAUAGUGACUGCGUUGACUGUGUUGCAUUCUCACCAGACGGAUUCACGGUUGCUUCGAGUUCACAGGAUAGUACCAUCAAGAUCUGGGAUAUGUCGGGCGAGCUGGAGGCUGUUCUUUUCGAAGGACAUGAAGGCGCUGUUACAUCUCUUGCAUUUUCACCUGUAGGAUCUAGGCUUGCUUCAGCGUCCGGAACCCUUAUUAGGAUCUGGGAUAUCAUUUCUGGUCAAGUGGUAGUUGGUCCAUUUAGUGAUAUAGAGGAGCAUCAUUCUAUCAGUAUUGUAUUCUCACUUGAUGGGUCCAUGGUCGCUGUGGCUGGCCUAUCAUUCGAGAGCGGUCUGACGAUGACGGUUUGGAAUAUUUCCACUGCACAGCCUGCGAAAAGCAUAGCAAAAAGCUACAAUCAUCAUACCUAUACCUUCACUGCAUUCUCUCUGGAUCUAUCAAAGUUUUGUUCGAGCUUGGAUGGUAAAACCAUCAGCAUUUGGGAUGUUGCUUCUGGGCAACUAGUAACUACUACGUCCCAACUUGCAGGCCGCGGUGAUAGUAUGGAUUGUGGUGCUGUCUCAUCAAACGGAUCCAAAAUUGCGUCAGGGUUUGAAGACAUGACUAUCAGGAUAUGGGAUACUGUUUCUGGCCAGCUAGUAGCUGGU